AUGGGAUUGGAUACCGGGUUGAUGGUGCGCCGAGGGCUGUAACUUGUCUGAAAAUCCUUGAAAUUCUUCGAUUUUGACUUCAUUGUGAAGCACGAGACCUAAGCUAUCGAAAUAUAUAAAAAUUAACACUAGAUUCAAAUUUUAGCAUCGACCAUGACCGAUUUUUCUGAAAAUGUAAACACCGUAGUGGCACUUUGAAGUGAAUUAUCUCUGAAAUUUCAGCGGUGACCUAAAGAUAUUUUUACAUUUUCUGAAAGCCCUGGAAAUUCUCUUCAAGAUGGUGCAGGUUUUAUCUUUUUUGGUGCAGUCUGCGAUGCGCUGCGCCUUGUUGAAGUUGGAGCGUCAUUGAAUGUGGGGUGGAGUGUUAUCUUGUUUUUCGCUAUGUUUUUCGCUAUAUUCUUGUUUUGCAAAUUCGAAACUAUUUGGAAGUUCUGGAUAAAUUUGAUGUUUGAUGGGAUAAAAUUAUGGAAUUGAAUGGGGAAAAUAUUUUGAACUACAAAAAUCUGAACUUCUACAAAAUUUAAUUUAAAUAUUGGGUGACAAAUUAAAAUUGUUGUUUUCUAGAAAUUAUCGAAAGGAAUCUAUUAAAUAUUUUUAUCGUGAUCUUAAGCUACAGGUUGUUUUCAAAAAAAAAAACCAAGUUUCGCUAUGCUUCAUCUGAAAUUAUUUGUAGUUUGAUCCCGCAAGAGAUUUAGACACAAUUUCAAUGAUCAGACUUGGGAAAAUUAUUCAAAAUUUUAUUUCAUUUUCAGGUUGGCCCAUCUGGAUCUGGAAAAUCAACAAUGAUUCGACUUCUGUUCCGUUUAUUUGAAGCUCAAGAUGGAAAUAUUGAAUUUGAUGGAGUUGAUAUUCGAAAAAUGACAAUGAAAUCAUUGAGAAAACAAAUUGGAAUAGUUCCACAAGAUACAGUACUUUUCAAUGAUACUAUCAAGUAAUAUUAGUCGUAUAUUUCUUAUCAAAAAUAAUUUGUUCUUUGUCAGAUAUAAUAUUCGAUUUGGUCGAACAGAUGCAACUGACGAAGAGAUAUAUGAAGCAGCAAAAGCAGCAAUGAUUCAUGACAAAAUAAUAUCACUACCUGAUGGAUAUGAAACAUUGGUUGGUGAAAGAGGUUUGAAAUUGUCUGGAGGUGAAAAACAACGAGUUGCUAUUGCGAGAACAAUUUUGAAAAAGCCUCAAUUCAUAUUUCUGGACGAGGCAACUUCUGCGUUGGAUACAACAACUGAAAGAGCAAUUCAGAAAUGUUUGGAGAAAUUGUGUAAAUCGAGGACUGGAGUUGUUGUUGCUCAUCGAUUAUCAACUGUUGUUAAUGCGAAUUUGAUUGUGGUUUUGGAAAAGGGAAAAAUUGUGGAAAGAGGAAGGUGGGUGAAAAUCGGCUUUAAAUUUUAAAAGUUUUUAAAGUUUAAAAAUUAUCUCAAAAAAUUCUGGAAUACCGAAUUUGUUGAAACCUAAAUUGAAUCAAGAACCCUAAAUUCUCGAGUUUUCAAAUUUUCAAAAAAUAUCUUUCAAAAAGUGAAUGUCAAAAUGAAAAAGGUUUAUUCAGAAUUCUAAACAACGCUUAAAUUUGUCUGAAAAUCUGUCAACAAUUCAUUUCAGCCACAAAGAACUAAUGUCGAUAAAUGGAGUUUAUGCAUCAAUGUGGGAGGCACAAAUCGCUGAACAACGCGCAAAAUCAAUUGAAUUAAAUGAAGAAUAA